UUCUUUAUUAUUUUGCUGUUAUUUUCUUUAGGCCAUUACUUGUGGCAACAUAUAUUGGAAGGACCGCUUGAACCUGCAGAUGAGACUGCUCAUUGGAGGGAGGGCAAGCUUCAGAUUGGAAGAAAUGGCAUCAGCUUUAUCACUGGCCCUGCAGUUGUUCCCGGUUACUUCUCUGUGGAAGCCCAAAAUGUCGUUCUCGUUCUUAAUGGCAGAGAAGAAGGAAAGAUUUCUUUUGCCAGUCAGUGGCUUCACUACACACAGACUCUGGUAGAAAACCAUAAACUCCGACAUGUUGCAGUAGUGCUGCUAGGAAGUGAGCAGUGCAAUAAUAACUGGAUCUUCCCGUACUUGAAGAAGAAUGGAGGGUUUGUGGAGGUUCUCUACCUUGUCUAUGACAGUACUUGGAUUAAUGACUCAGAUGUUUACCAGUGGCCCCUAGGAGUGGCCACGUAUAGAAACUUUCCAGUCAUUGAUCCAAGUUGGUCUAUGGUUCAUGAUUCACGGCCAUACUUGUGCAACUUUUUAGGGACUGUGUAUGGCAACUCAUCUAGGGAGAUUCUUAUGGAAGUUAUGAGGAAGGAAGGUCUUGAUCAGCUCUGUUGGAUAUCAACCAGAAAUGAGUGGCAACCACAAGAGACUAAUGAAAGUUAUAAGAGCUAUCAUGAUGCGCUGUUACAGAGUGACCUAACGUUAAGUCCAGUGGGAGUAAACACGGAGUGCUACAGAAUCUAUGAGGCCUGUUCCUAUGGCUCUGUUCCUGUGGUAGAAGAUGUGAUGACACAGGGAAAUUGUGGGAAUUCAUCUGUUGCCAGUAAUGCUCCUUUGCAGCUACUGAAGUCUUACAGCGCUCCAUUUAUUUUUAUCAAAUCCUGGAAAGAACUUCCUGCGGUCAUAAAUCAGGAAAAAAACAUGAGCUUACAGGAGAAGAUUGAAAGAAGAAAAAGAAUU